CUCAGCACCUCCACGUACCGGUAGCUGCGAAUCAAAUCACCACAAACUCCCUAGUACCUGGCCAGUACUUUAGGCCCUGAUGCUAGCAACUGCUAGUGGGCUGCUCGUCCAUCGUCCUGUCGGUAGCGUUGUUCCUCGACAUGGAAACCGAGAUCGCAUCGUGGCCAUUCGCGGUGCCCAUUGGCCAGACUUGCAAGCAGCUUCAUUGCAGUGUCCUAGCUGGGCAAUUCGCGAGCCUGGUGGGGCUGGUACCGCGCAGGUACCGCCAAAGGUAGCUUGGCACUGCCUGUGCACGCUCAGCCAAUCUAGGGUACAUGCGGGUACGUUGAGUGUAUUCACACCAAGACCACAGGCCAAGAUGGGAUGCUGUGCCGUACCUGCCCUCGCCUUCAGUUCGAUAUCCAGAUACGAUGUGAUAAGAUAUCAAUACGAGCAGCAGGCAAAUCCAUCCGCUGUCACAUCUCCUCUCCUCUCCUCUCCCCUCCUCUACAUUCCUCCUCCAUGCCACCACGAGCUACAAAGUACUACGAGGUAAGCAUCAAAUCUCCCGUCCUCACUUCUCCUCCUCUCCUCUCCUCUCCCCCGCUAACGCUGCCCCUCCCUCUGGCCGGUUCUCG